ACCCACUGCACUGUUUUCUAGAGGGGACGCAGAGAUGACACUUCACUGGACGUUGGCGCAAUAACGGAUUUACGCACGAAGUCGAAGUUUUGUUUUUGUUUACCAAAGAGGAAAUUAAACAAAAGUUUGAGAGGGUUUUCAAGAUGCCUCGGUCGUUUUUAGUUAAGAAGCACACAAACUCCGUGAAAAAGCCUAAUUAUAGUGAACUCGAAAGCCCAACAGUCUUCAUCACGCCGCACUUCUACAAGGGCCUCCCCCUGCCUGUCAUCCCGCAGCCAGAGAUCUUGAGCCCGGCCGCUUACAGCCCAAUCACGGUAUGGACUACCAGCAGUCUCCCCCUCUCCCCUCUCCCCAGCGAUCUGUCCCCCAUCUCCGGCUACCCGUCCUCCCUCUCGGACACCUCUUCCAACGACCACUGCGGUUCUGAAAGCCCGCGUAGCGACGAGGACGAGCUGGUCAAACUGACUGGGGAAGCGGAGAAAUUCCAAUGUGGUUUGUGUAGCAAGUCCUACUCCACGUACUCCGGACUUCUCAAGCACAAGCAACUGCACUGCGACGCCCAAUCGAGGAAAUCCUUCAGCUGUAAAUACUGCGAGAAGGAGUACGUCAGUCUGGGAGCGCUCAAAAUGCACAUACGGACUCAUACGCUACCGUGCGUCUGCAAAAUCUGCGGCAAGGCGUUCUCCAGGCCGUGGCUACUGCAGGGACACAUCAGGACGCACACAGGAGAAAAGCCAUUCUCGUGCCCACACUGCAACCGGGCGUUCGCUGACAGAUCCAACCUCAGGGCCCACCUUCAAACCCACUCAGAUGUGAAAAAAUACCAGUGCAAGAACUGUUCCAAAACUUUCUCCAGGAUGUCAUUGCUGCACAAACAUGAGGAAUCUGGCUGUUGUGCCGCCCACUGAACUGCAAAGUGGACUCUAGCCAUCUUCACAGGGAAAAAAAAUCAUUGACUUUUUCAGGCUUGGUUGGGUUGACUUGAUAUUACAACACGAUAAAGAGCCCAAAGUUUAGAAAAUAUCGAGCUCCGGGGCAGGUUUGAAAUCAACUGAGUUUGGGUUUUAGCUGUCAGAUUGCAGAUUUAUUAUUUUUUUUUGGUUUUGUAUGGUCAAUAUCUUUGUAAUUACUGCGUUUAUCCACAUGGAACAAAAACGAACAUUAAGUUUCACGCCUUUUCUGUCAAAACACAAGUUGAAGCAUCAUUCAGUCCCGAAGAUCGGAUAGUUAAAGCUGGAGGGCAGGUUUUGAAAUCAAUAGAGUUUGGGUUUUAGCUUUCAGAUUGCAGAUUUUAUUUUGAAUCUGGUUUUGCGUGGUCGAUAUUUUUGUAAUUACCUGGCUUAUCCACGUGAAACAUAGCUUUAAAAAGUGGCAGCAUCAUUCAAUUCCAAAGAUAGUUGGAAAGUUAGUGGGUCCAACAGUUAUAGAUUUUCAGCUUGGAUGCUUCUUUCAAAACCUGAUAGACACAUUAGAACUGCCCUCCGCCGAAAUCAACAUCAAAUUGUAGUGUAGAAGUUACGAACGCCUUCUAUUCAGUUGCUUUUAUUUAUCUGUCAGGGAAGUUACACCAAAGACAAGCCAUUUCAAAGCUCUUUUUAAUGGAGUUUUUUUUUUUUUUUUUGCAUCACCACCUACCUGUGCUGGCUCAUGCACUUUUGGUUUUGCAUGUCUACCAAAGAGGCCUGUCACGAUAAAUACUCAAUCAGCUUCAACAUAUGAAACUUAGAACUGCAUUUUUGGGGUCAAUAUUUAUCAUUUUAUUCGCACUACUGGGACAUUUUUGACUUUGAUUUAAGCCGCAAAAGGUCGAAAUAGUAACUACGAUGACUCAUUACAGAUUUAGAGUUGUUUUUGUGGUUUAAAUCCGUGUCAGAGGCUUAAAUUAGUUUCAGUAUUAUGGUUUAUUGUCUAUUUUUACGCCAAAAUUGUGUUAUCGUGACAGGCCUACUACUAAUGUGCCACGCUCAAAUUAACAGGCCUUCAUUUGGUGCAUUUCUGUGGUUGUUAUGGGGACUUCCACUUUGUCACAUGUACCUUGCGAAACACUUUUUUUUUUUUUAUAAAUAGCCAUUGAAACUUAGGGAACAAGUGCAAGCCUGUCAAAACGGUGGUAUUAUGAAAACUUUUGCACAUUGAUUUAUAUUAGAGCAAUACUCUUCUCGGCUCACUUGACCAUAUAAUGUAUUUUCCAACAACUUUUCUAUUUUUGUAUCUUGAAUGUAAGCGUGACUGAGACGAUUGUAUAUCCGCAGUGGCAAGCUGUGAUGGUGAAUGAUAUUUGAUAUUUUCAUAUUUUCUCAUGACACUUUGAUGAAUAAAGUUUCAUGGUGUUUUUGUAUAAGA